AUGAGAAUGAUUAAUGAAGAGCCUGGUCUAAAAAUAUCUUAUAAUACAAAUAUGAAAGAACAACCUAUGCCAAGUGGAAAGUGCCCUGUUGAUUUUGUAAACAACAGUUACAAUGAUUCAGAAGAAGGAUAUGUAUAUCAACUUGCAUUUUUACCAAAGGGACAAAUAUUUUUGGGCUCUAAUGAUUUUCUCUGGUUUGAUAUACUAAUAAAUGAUGAAAAAUAUAAUCGUUUUGAUCAAAUGACUCCUAUGACAAUGCAAGCAUAUGAUUCAGAAUCUAAUGGUACAAAUGUACGUAUAUUUAAAAUCAUCAUUCUUAAAUGGAUUUUAUUUGUACGUGUUAAUAAAAAUACUAUUAAAAAAAUCAAUAGUACUAAUGUUUUUUACGUCGUAACUAUAGAGACUGUCGAAUAUUCGGGAUCAAAUGGUUAUUACGGAAGGGCGUCAAUUAACCUAAAAACUCCUAUUUUGGAAGUAGAAAAAGAACAAAGGGCUCGUUCUAUCACAGAAGUGUUAGCAAAUAUCGCCGCUCUUUACGGAUUAACUUGUGGGAUUUAUGUAUUCUUAUUUGCGUUGUUACCACCUGUAGAGAAAGUUACGAAAAUUAAAAAGAAUUUUGGUUUAAUUCCAUGA